CUUGAGAAAGGUUGCCUCUGGCUAUGAAAAAAAACAGCAAGCAGGAAUUCUUUGAAAAGAAAUCGACGAGAAAGACCUAUGUUUUUUGUGGAUAUUACUUUUUUAGUUCGCCCAUGUAAGAUAAAAUACUACUUUGGAAACUAACCUACCAAGUUUAAAAAAAUGUACUAAGCUAUUGUUUAGUUACUUGGAACGACAGUAUUUUGAGUGAAAUAGUUUUAGUCUACUUUCGAGUGAUAGCCAAGUACGGCGGCUACGGAAGCAAAGAAGUGUAUUUCUGCGAACUUUGGUCCGCUAAAAUCAUUUGUGACUUCGGAUAACUCCACGGAAAUACUGAAAUCGCAAAAGAGGCAGUGGAAUAGUCAGUCAGAACGGCGAGCACAGACCUUAAUUGUCUAUAAAAAAAUGUUUUAAAUCUUGUUACGCACGCUGCAAACUAAUUUGCAUUUUAUGGUAUGAGCUUGUGUUUUCCACAUUUUAGCUAAGCCACAGUGGCAUCUCUGCCUCGCAAAGCCUGAAGACUAGCGGAGUUCGAGAGGGAAAUUCUUGCCAUUACAUCUUCUCGUCAUUACUUCGGACAUUGGCACCUUAUUUCCGGGUCUAGCCUACAUUGCGAAACAAGUAAUACAGUUUGUAAGUUUUCUCGGUUGUUUUUGGUUUGAUCAAAGAUUGUUGUGUCAGUUUAAAAGGAAUAUCUUCCUGACAAUGUCGACAGAAGAAAGAUAUAAACUCGUUGUCGUAGGCGGAGGCGGUGUCGGGAAGAGCGCUUUGACCAUUCAAUUCAUUCAGUCAUACUUCGUGUCUGACUAUGACCCCACCAUUGAAGACUCCUACACGAAGAUCUGCUUGGUGGACGAGAAACAGACGCGACUGGAUAUCCUGGACACGGCGGGGCAGGAGGAGUUCGGGGCGAUGCGGGAGCAGUACAUGCGCUCCGGGGAGGGCUUCCUGCUGGUAUUCGCCCUGAACGACCGAGGAAGUUACAAUGAGAUCCAGAAGUUCCACACACAGAUUCUCCGGGUAAAGGACAGAGAUGACUUCCCCAUGGUUCUGGUUGGCAACAAAGUGGAUCUCGAGCCUUUAAGACAGAUCCAGAGGGAGGAGGCCCAGGCCUUUGCCAGAGAGAAUCGCAUCCAUUACAUGGAGUCUUCUGCCAAGAACCGGUACAACGUGGACGAGGCCUUCCUGGAAGUCGUGCGCGCGAUCAGGACGUUCAAAGAGACUGAGAGCCCCCCCAUCCCCUCUGGCCAGACGGGCAAGUCCAACAGCUCCCGCGGCUGCCCCUGCGUCUUACUGUAAACGGCCGCGCCACUGCGUUGCCAUGGAGACUCGCCCCGCCGUCACCAAUCAACAUCUUGGGAGGCCUUAGGAAACGGGAUUGGAGGAGGAGGAGGAGGAGGAGUGAAGGCUGGAAUGGAUAUGUAAGACUGAUUGAUUGUCUGGAGGGAGGGAGGGGCAGCCGUGGGAGGAAGAGAACGAGGGAGGCUGACCUAAGGGAAAAGAAAAGAAGAAAGGAAGGAAGACAAAAGGAAGGCAGAAGAGGGAACGGGCGAGAGUGGCACAAUUUCAUUUCAUUUUCACUUUUUAAAUUUUUUUUAAAUAUUAUUACAUGUGUGCGUGGGGGGGGUGUCCAAUCACACUGAACCACAGUGCCUAAAUGCUAGCAACACACGCUCUGAGUGAAAUAUCAGGUGUGUGUGUGUGUGUGUGUGUGUGUGUGUGUGUGUGUGUGUGUGUAUGUAUGUGUGGAGACCAGCUUUGUACCGUGUCCUAUCACAUCCUUGGCAUUUGCUCCACAUAAAGCCAUUCUUUCGUAAUGAGUUUUGGGCCACGCAGACCGGCCUGACGAUCAGAUCCUGAGGCAGAGGCAGCGACUCGAUGAUGACGGGAUGAUGGCUAACAAGGCCGUGAAACAAAGAGUCUGACACGUGCUGCAAAAGGAAGUCCAUUUCUGACCAAAAAUAGCGGUGUGGGUGUUACGCGGUUUUGAAAAGUAUUGACAGCUAACAGUAGUUUGACACUAAAAGCUGAGAGAGAUGAAGUGUUUUUCGUGAGUUUGGGGAACAGGGCGGGUUGGGCGAGGUCCAGGUAUUCUUGUGCAGACAGGCUUAGACCAGAGGCCGCAGACGGGUUUGGUCUUCUUCAGUUGCUCAAUCUGGUAACAGUGUGGUUAAAAGGGGAGGGGCUUUAGACCAGUCACAGUGUUGUGAAGUAGCUCGGGACCAAUCACGUUGUCUUUCUCUCUGUCUUCCGUGCUGCUCAGUGUAUGUCCAGGUCGAGGGCCAGAAAUACUAUGCAUCAGUGGGGCCUGUGCACGCAGAACUAUGCAGGAACCCUGUAUACAAAUGUUUAAUUUCUUCAUUUUGUACUGCAAUAAACCAAAGAUUUUUAUUCUUUGUA